GCAGUCAGGGGUCCACACAGCUGCAGGAUUAUGGCACCGUCAAAGAAGGGAAUCAUGGAGCGUCUCAACGCUGGGGAGGUGGUGAUUGGCGAUGGAGGUUUCGUGUUUGCUCUGGAGAAGAGAGGCUACGUGAAGGCCGGUCCCUGGACCCCUGAAGCUGCUGCAGAGUACCCCGAAGCAGUGCGACAACUGCACAGGGAGUUCCUGAGGGCUGGAUCCAACGUCAUGCAGACCUUCACCUUCUACGCCAGUGAUGACAAGCUGGAGAACAGAGGCAACAAGCUCACCUUCACCGGAGCUCAGAUCAACGAGGCCGCCUGUGACCUGGCCCGUCAGGUCGCCAACGAGGGCGACGCUCUGGUCGCCGGUGGAGUGUGUCAGACUCCCUCCUACCUGAGCUGCAAGAGCGAGACAGAAGUGAAGGCCAUCUUCAAGAAACAGCUGGAUGUGUUCGUGAAGAAGAACGUGGACUUCCUGAUUGCUGAGUACUUUGAGCACGUUGAGGAGGCCGUGUGGGCUGUGGAGGUGCUGAAGGCGACGGGGAAGCCUGUGGCGGCUUGUAUGUGCAUCGGACCACAGGGAGACAUGCACGGCGUUUCCCCUGCAGAGUGCGCUGUCAGGCUGGUCAAGGCCGGUGCCCAGAUUGUGGGAAUCAACUGCCACUUUGACCCCAUGACCUGCGUGGAGGCCGUCAGGAUGAUGAAGGAGGGAGUGGAGAAGGCCGGGCUGAAGGCUCACUACAUGGUGCAGCCCCUGGCGUACCACACCCCCGACUGCAACUGUCAGGGAUUCAUCGAUCUGCCAGAAUUCCCCUUCGGCCUGGAGCCCAGGAUCCUGACCCGCUGGGACAUGCACAAGUACGCCAGAGAGGCCUACAACGUUGGCAUUCGCUUCAUCGGUGGCUGCUGUGGCUUUGAGCCUUAUCACAUCAGGGCUGUGGCAGAGGAGCUGGCUGCUGAGAGGGGCAUCAAGCCCGCUGCGUCAGAGAAACACGGCAUGUGGGGCGCUGGUCUGGAGAUGCACACCAAGCCCUGGGUCAGAGCCAGAGCCCGCCGUGACUACUGGGAGAACCUGAAGCCAGCCUCCGGUCGUCCUCAGUGCCCCUCCCUGGCCACCCCCGACGGCUGGGGUGUCACCAAGGGCCACGCUGACCUCAUGCAGCAGAGAGAGGCCACUUCUAAGGACCAACUCAAACAGCUGUUCGACAGGUCAAAGAGCCACUGAGUCAGCCUUUCUCCCUCAGACCUGGCAGCAGACAUGAGUCGAACAGCUGUGCCGCGGGGCUCCUGACGCACGGCGGUGCACGCUAUCUGCAUACGGUGCUGCAGCUAACAAACAUAAUGUCACGAGGAGAACCCUCGCUUGACACCGGCGCCGUUCUGUGCAUCUGCUGAUUGUAAAACUGAGGCCGCAGUGCCUCAAGUCAGGAGUGGGCACAUGUUAAGAUCGGGACCUUUUUGUUUUCCAUGACCCUGGACCAGUUUGUUUCACAAAACAAGAUCUAAUAAAACAUGAAUUGGUUACUUCA